CCCCUUUUUGGGGGUAGAUGGAAGGAAGUGGGCUAGGAAAUGAAAUAUUCAGCUCAACCUCAGGUCAGCAGGUGGAAGGGGCCUCAGAGAAGGAGAACUCUCGUGCCUUGUCACCCUGCCCAAAGCAGCAGAGAGGUUGCCAUGGCUUUUUCCAACUACACUGCUGUGUUCAGAUCACUGGUUUUGGUGCUGGUUCUAGCACUCACUCAGUGGAAGUCAACAUUCGUAUCAGCAAGUCACAUCAUGCCUUUAGGAUGGUCCAUGAUAUCAGGAACCGAUCUCUCGCUCCUUGGGAUUACAGGCUUGACAAGGAUCCCAACCGCUUCCCCCAGGUGAUUGCUGAUGCCCAGUGCCGCCUCUCUGGCUGUGUGAGCCCCCUGGGGCAGGAGGACCACAGCCUCAACUCCGUCCCCAUCAAGCAGGAGAUCCUGGUCCUGCGGCGGGAGCUGCAGGGCUGCCGGCCCACCUACCGCCUGGAGAAGAAGGUCAUCACCGUGGGCUGCACCUGCGUCACUCCAGUCAUCCACCACCACUCCUAGGAGGAAUUAUUAGGGCAGGCCACACUGGGAAGAAGCAAUAUAUCCUAUAGACACCCCUCUGGUGAAAUCCCACAGUCGCCCACCGCGAAUCCCAGGAAUUCAACACGACAUCGCCUUUCCAAACCUGAACAAAUUACCUCUUGAA